AACAGUCAAAAGUCAGCAUUUACAAAAGAGGAGUGGGACACCAUCAAUAAUAAAUGGAACGUCAAAAAGAACUGGACCCCCCUCGAUAAGCAAAUCAAAAGUACCUUGAAAGAUAUAGAAAAAAUGGCAAAGAACAAUAUUAAAGAGGCAUACAAAGAAUGCUUGUAUUAUCAACGAAAGUAUGCUAUGACUGAAGAAGAAAUAUUUUUUGAAGUGUAUGCUUCUAUGUACGUAUUUACGUGCCACUGCAUUCAAAUUUUUGGCGUAGAAGGCCAAAUCAAUCAAGUAAAGCUUGUGGAUGAUGGUUUAUACAUUUCUCGUGGACUCGGCUCUCUUUUCCUCCCCACAUGCGGAAGAGAUAUGUAUAAAACUCGUAUAUUGCUUGAGCGAUUGAUGAGCAUGAAAAAAAUGGCCAUAUCCAACCGC